AUGGCCGGCACGAACGCCGCGGGGUGCGUCCCCGAGCGGAGCCGCGAGCUCCUCGCCGCGGAGCACGCGGCGCCCCCGUCGCCGCUCCUCGUGAACGCGCCGAAGCGCUCCCCGGGAGACCCGCCCGCGACCAAGCCAGAUUUCAGCGCGAUGCCGCCGCCCCCCACCGCGCUCCUCGGCAAGCUCAGCGCGUUCCUGCCGCAGAUGAAAGCCGCGAACGACUCGCUCGCGGAGGCGAUGAAGACGCGACCCGCGAGCGAGUUCGACGUCGAGUGCGUGGACGAGGAAGGCGGCGAAUCGCACGUCGCCAUGGACGUCGGCCUGGGCGUCGUGGAGUUGAACACCGAAGACGCGGUCGCGAAGGCGACGGCGAACGCCGGGUUCGCAGUCGUGGAGAACGACGACGGAGGGCGCGCGAAGGUGGUGGACGACGACGACGACGACGACGACGAGAUCUUGAUAGGCGCAGGCGCGAAGCGCGGGAGGGACGGCGCGGCGAAGAAAACCCCGGGGAUCGAGGUGCUCAACUGA